AUGGCGCCAAAAGUGAUAGUAGGCAUGAUGGGCUCCUCAGUGGCCAAGGGCAGCUCAAAUAUGUCGACUCCCGAGCAAGUCAAGGACUUUCUUUCUGUGGUAAAGUCGCACGGGGUAAAAGAGCUCGAUACAGCCCUGGUCUACAACGAUGGCAAAUCUGAGGAAUUGUUAGCUUCAGUCGACGCUCAAAAGGACUUUCUCGUCUCUACAAAGGCUCCUGGAUUUGCUCCUGGCUCGCUCACAGAAGCGAACAUUCUCUCUAAUUCAGCAAAGAGUCACAAGAAUCUACAACAAGACCAGGUCGACAUUUACUACAUUCAUGGCCCAGACAAGGAAACUCCUCUGCAGGAGCAAUGUCAAGCUUUCGGAAAGUUGUAUCAACAGGGCCGCUACCAGCGCUUUGGAGUUUGCAACUUAUCGCCUUCUCAGAUUGAGGAAAUUCAUGACAUUUGCAGACGUGAAGGAUUCCCACCACCCUCGAUAUACCAAGGAUCAUAUAAUGCGGUACAUCGUUCCCCAGAGAAAGAUCUUUUUCCGACGCUGCGUAAGCUGGGGAUGGCCUUCUACGCCUGGGGCCCGUUAGCCGGCGGACUCUUAGUCAAAGAGCUUGACGAUGUGCUCAAACCCAAGCCUGGUUCAAGAUACCACGAGAUGCCGGUAUUUGGAAACCUUUAUCUAAAUGAUCAUACGAUUGCCGCACUCAGAAAGAUGCACACAAUUUGUGACGAAAACUCAGUGAGCAUGAUGGAAGCGGCGUUGAGAUGGCUGAUGAAUCACUCGCCUCUCAAUGAUGACGAUGGGAUCAUUCUUGGUGCAAGCUCGAAAGAACAGGUCAACGCAACGCUUAGUGCAUGUGAGAAAGGACCUCUACCCAAGGCUGUGGUCGAUGGAUGGCAAGAGCUAUGGGAAACUCAAAUCAAAGCCGUCAAGGUGAAGUAUCAAAACAAAGCAAAGAUUUCAAUCGGUGUAUCACAAACAAGGUUCGCUCAUAGCGCGAACCCCACGCGUCCAAUGUCUCCACGAGUGGAGAAAGAGGACUUUGAGCUGCUGUCCUCGGUUGUCCCACCAUAUGAUGUCGCUGCUUUGUAUAUUUCCUCUGAUAUCCAUCUCGGCGACGACCUGUGUUUCCCAGAUGCUGUUGUUGCAAUCAUUAGGGCGAUUUUGCAUCUUAACCUCAAUGAAGUGAAGGACUGCAGCUUCUUUAAAUUCCUACAUCGGCGAGAAAGCAUUAGCCUUGGCAGUUCGGCAAAACGUUUUCGAGACGAGGCCAGAGCAUAUAUAGAGUCCCUGAGGUUCAACGUCCUGUAUCUGCGCUACAUGCUUUAG